UUCCAUUUCUUUGUUCCAGAGAUCAAGAAAGGCGAUGCUUACUUGAAGGAACACAAACAUUCGAACUUUAAAAUACCAGGAGCUUUGAAAAAAUCUGAACAUGGAGAAAGGAAGGCCAUCAGCACCAGAAAUCCGCACCGUCAUGGACAACUAUAGUUCUAAAAUCGAACUCGCGUACAAUGGAUCGAGGGAAGAUUUGGAUCCUUACGUGCCAGCUGAACACAGACCGUCGGAAUCAAAUACUUCGAGUUUCGGCGCGCUAGCCCAUCUGCUGAAGGCGUCCCUCGGGUCUGGUGUCCUGGCUAUGCCACUAGCGUUUAAGAAUGCUGGUCUCCUAGUGGGGUGUAUUGGGACCGUGCUCAUCGGCUUCAUCUGCGGUCAUGUCAUUCAUGUUUUGGUACGAACAUCGCAACAGCUGUGCGUGGAGGUCAAGAAACCGGCUCUUGGUUAUGCGGAAACCUGCGACCUCGUGUUCCAAAAUGGGCCCAAACCGGUGCGGAAGUACGCGACGUUUGCGAGAGAGCUGGUGGACUGGGCGUUAGCGGUGACACAUAUAGGAGCUUGUUGUGUCUACGUGGUUGUUAUAGCAGAAUCUUUCAGACAAGUCUCAAUAUUCUACGGAGGUCCAAACUGGUCAGUGACGGCAUACUGCGCUUUAACUUUAAUAGUGUUAGUGCCGCUAACACAAAUCACGAAGCUGAAAUACCUAGUGCCGUUCUCAGCGCUGGCAAACUUCGUCUGGCUGGCCUCAAUUUGCAUCUCCAUCUACUACUGCUUGAGAGGUACCCCUAAGAUCUCUGAGAGGAACAUGGCCACUUCCAUUUCCGGCAUACCUACGUUUAUAAGUACAAGCUUGUUCGCGAUGGAAGGCAUCGGCGUGGUGAUGCCGAUAGAGAACGAAAUGGUGAAACCACAGCAGUUCCUCGGCUGUCCAGGAGUGUUGAACAUCGCCAUGACUGCUGUCGUGAUGCUGUACGCGUUCGUGGGGUUCACAGGGUACCUGCAGUUCGGGGAGGAAGUGAGAGGCAGUCUCACAUUGAACUUGCCACAAGAUGAAAUUCUUGCCCAAACAGCGAAACUUCUAGUAGCCUGUGUGAUGUUACUCUCAUUCGCGCUGAUAUUUUACGUGCCUGUGGAUAUCGUGUGGAAGAGAGUGCACGAGAAGAUUCCAGCUAGAGGACAAAGGUGGGGGCUUGCUGGCAUCAGAUUAGUCGGGACUUUGUUUACAGUCGGUCUUGCCUGCGCGAUACCAAAACUGGAGUUAUUCAUGGAGCUGGUGGGGGCUGUGUGCCUCUCGGUCCUCGGCCUCCUUCUGCCGUCCCUCACCGAGACGGUCUGGCGAUGGGGGCGCGACAUCGGCCCCUGCCACUGGGUCGUCUGGAAAAACGCUAUUCUCGGCGUUUUUUCGAUCGUCGCUAUGAUAUCAGGCGUGGCGUACGCCAUUAUUGCCAUGAUUGAGAAACUGUGAUAUUUAAAUACAGUAUUAGAAUAUAUUAGAUAUCAGUUACCUGUUCGUGUUUUAGACAAAAUGUUUGUAUAUUUUGUUACUGCCAUUUUGAUAGGCAUGGUGUGAAGAUUUAUACAGAGUAAUCGUUUGAUACUUCAUGUCGGCUGAUGACCAACAACCAAUUAUAUAAUCUAAUUGACAUGCUGGAGCAUUACGUCUAAUGGUAUAAAAUAUCGCUCAUCUCAGCAGCAGUGGCGAUGGGUCCAAAUAAGCAGAUACCGGCCGGCUUCUCUUCGGAAUUUAUGUAAAAUCAUAAGAGCGAUUUGCAAACCACAUUGAUGCAUAUCAGUAGUAGUUCCUGAUCUGAUACAUCUGAGCAGCAAUAUAUCGUGGGGAAAACUAAAUUUCGCGCGAUAUUUAAUAAAUAUUUUACGACUAUUUAUGAUGCUGGACAUAGUCUUAUGGUGUGGUGGCAAUCACUCGCAUGAACAUAAAACAUUGAUUCCAAGUACUCGUGAUGAAAUAUACGAACAAUCACAAGAGUGUCCUAAUUGAUGUUCUUGCGAUCAGUAAAUUGUUGUGUGAGCAUUGCGUCCCUUUAAUAUUUCAAGUACCAAAUUGCUUCGCCGUAGAAACGACGGACUGUAUGAAUCUUUAACACUGUGACUUUGUGAUAUGUUGUAGAAGAAUAGAAUUUAUUUUAUAUAAUUUGACAGAAGAAAGCAACUAAUUUAUAAACAUAUUUUUAAGGUGGAGUUCCGCGGUACAUAACAUCGCGCAUAGUAUACAUCGUACAAUAUGUCGAGUCGUGGUUUUGUCCGCGAGAAUACGUACCACGGAACUGAACCUUAAGACUCGACGCUUUUAAAUAUAAUUAAUAUAUUUUUAAUAAAAGCUUCGCUACAAUAUAUUCAAAAUAUAAAUAAAAUUAAUAAAUAUUUAACACAGAUUUUUUGCGAGAUUAUCAACUAUAAUUAAUAUUAUAGUUGGUAUUAUUAUUGACAGGUUGAUAUGUAAUGAAAUUAUAAUUAUGUAAUUAAUUAACAUAGUGUAAGUAAAAAUUUCUAUACAUACAUAUAAGUGAGUGUGUUGCCAAUUUAGAUGUAUUAAAUUAGAUUAUAGUGCCGAUAUUUUAUAGAAUUGAUUUUCUUAGCAAUUCGAGUAAAAAAUAUAUCUGAUUUAUAUAUAUUGCAUUUAAGUAAACACUUCUUCACCCUAACAUAUUACCAAAAGAGAUUCUUGAAUGUUAUUUUUACUCAAAUUUAGACAAAAUCUUAUUCUUUAUUUUUGUAUUAAAAUUUCUCCUUUCGUAGUGUUUACUUCUAAAUGCACUUAGUGUACCUAAUAUAGACCUCAAACAAUAAUAUUUGCGAAGACUUUACAUACAUAAGAAUUCUAUGAUAAACCCAGUGAAAAUAGAAUAAGAAUAACUAAAAAUAAUUAUGAUUAA